CGUCCAGCCGGGGAGAGCCGGGGCAGUAGCAAUCGCGGGGAGGGCUGGUGUUUCCCCAGAGCCUCCUCCAGGGCUAGGAAGAUGCCACAGUGCCUGACUUCCUCGGAAAGUGAGGAAGGGGGCGAAGAGAGGGAGGAAAGUUCUACAGAAGAUCUAGAAGAGCUGAAAGAACUCGUCACCCUGGCUUUUGUGAGAGAGAACACACAAAAGAGGCUUCAGAAUGCCCAGCAGCAUGGCAAGAAGAGGAAGAGAAAAAGAUGAUUGGUGAUCAAUUUAUCCAACUGCCGGUAUGACAGUGUGCGCAGGGCUGCCCAGCAGUGCGGCCUUCGAGAGGCCGGUGACAAUGAUGACUGGACUCUCUACUGGACCGACUAUUCAGUGUCGCUUGAGCGCGUGAUGGAAAUGAAGAGUUACCAGAAAAUCAAUCAUUUUCCUGGCAUGAGUGAGAUCUGUCGCAAGGACUUGCUGGCCCGGAAUAUGAGUCGUAUGCUAAAGCUAUUUCCUAAGGACUUCCACUUCUUCCCUAGGACCUGGUGUCUUCCUGCUGACUGGGGAGAUUUGCAGACUUACAGCAGGUCAAGAAAAAAUAAGACAUACAUUUGCAAACCGGACUCAGGCUGCCAAGGGAGAGGCAUAUUCAUCACCCGGACGGUGAAAGAGAUCAAGCCCGGGGAGGAUAUGAUCUGUCAGCUUUAUAUUUCAAAGCCCUUUAUCAUCGACGGGUUCAAGUUUGACUUGCGGGUUUACGUGCUGGUGACCUCCUGUGACCCUCUCAGGGUUUUUGUGUACAAUGAAGGACUGGCUCGCUUUGCCACCACCUCUUACUCCCACCCCAGCACAGACAACCUGGAUGAGAUUUGCAUGCACCUGACGAACUAUUCCAUCAACAAGCACAGUUCCAACUUCGUUCAAGACGCUCAUUCUGGCAGCAAGAGGAAACUCUCCACCUUCAACUUGUACAUGAAGACCCACGGUUAUGACGUCGAGCAGAUAUGGAGGGCCAUUGAGGAUGUCAUCAUCAAAACACUCAUCUCAGCUUACCCCAUCAUCAAGCACAACUACCACACCUGCUUCCCUAGCCACACGCUCAACAGCGCCUGCUUCGAAAUCCUGGGCUUUGACAUCUUGUUGGACCGCAAACUCAAACCCUGGCUGCUGGAGGUCAACCAUUCUCCAAGCUUCUCCACUGACUCCAAGCUGGAUAAAGAGGUGAAAGACAGUCUCCUCUACGACGCGCUGGUCCUCAUCAACCUGGGGAACUGCGACAAGAAGAAAGUCUUGGAGGAAGAGAGGCAGCGGGGACGGCUCCUGCAGCAGUGCCCGUCUCGGGAGAUCAGGAUGGAAGAGGUCAAGGGUUUCCAGGCAGUGCGGUUACAGAAAACCGAGGAAUAUGAAAAGAAAAACUGUGGCGGGUUCCGGCUCAUCUACCCGGGUGUGAAUUUGGAGAAGUAUGAGAAGUUCUUCCAGGACAAUAGCUCCCUCUUCCAGAAUACUGUUGCUUCCCGAGCCCGAGAGCUGUAUGCCCGGCAACUGAUCCAGGAGCUGAGGCAGAAACAGGAAAAAAAAUCAUUCCUAAAGAAAGAAAAGAAGACAGAGAUGCCGGGCGAGUCUGUGGGUGAGCAGGCAAGAGACAGGAUCCUGAAAACCGGGCAACAGAGACAGCAGCAGAAGUGCAAGACAGCCAUCCAUCCCCCCAAACAAAGCUACCACCCAGUGGCUUUAGUAUCCUGCACACCUGGCCUGUUCUUGAACAUCAGAGGCAUAAGGAAAACUGAAACUGCUGGUGACCUCCACCAGAAGGACUCCAAGAAGGAAGCCACCCUUGCUCCCUGCAAGCCCAUGUCUGCGAGGCACUACAGUUCUGUCCCUGACCUGAGGAGUUCAAAUCCCAUCAGCUCUGGGACAGAGCUCCGAAAAUGCAAUUCCACAAUCAAGGAAGUGAAGUCGGCCGAUUCAGUGAAUGUAGUCAGCAAUGGCCUGCCCUUAACACCUGUAGAAACUUCCCCAGAACCCACAGCCCAGCUCUCAACCUCUCUGGAAUCCCUGGCCAGCCUGAGCCUGACCUCCAGCCCUGAGUGCAGCAGUUCGGAGAGUGUCCACACGGUCUCCUGGAAGGGCAAGCAGUGGAGGGCCCCCCAGAAGCUGGUCCAGGAGAAAAAAUCCAAACCUCCCGUGUCUUCCAAACCCAGGAGUUUGGACGUGAGUUUGACCCUGAUCAAGAAUGAAGUGAGGCGGCAGCACCUGAUGUCAGAGAUUCUGCAGAAGGUUCAGAUGAAGAAGAGGCGCUCCUUGUUCCCGGCCCCCAAGUCACAAAACCUGUCCUUGCCCAAGGAGUGGUGCUCCCACAGCCACAGCUCUGGCAGGAAGAGAGAGAUGGAUGUGCCCUCCGUCCUCCUCCUGCAGGGCUCUCACAGCCAUGCCAAAUCUCUGAAUGACCUUCUAGUAGUUGCCACUCAGGCCCGGCUGGACCCUCGGCCUAGCAGAAGCCAUUCAGGUACAAGGGACCCAGGUACGACAAGGGACCCGCGCACACAGGACCCACAACACACUGCCACUGCCUGACUCUGGUCAGAAAGGAUGUGAGAGCUCAGAAUCAGAGUGGGUCUUUGCUGUUUUUCCUUUCCUGCCUCUUACUCCAGGAAAUGAUUUGUCUUCAGCCAGUAUCUU